AUGUCUGAGGAGGCAGAUCUUGCUGAAGAUUGUAAGACAAUCCCUGAGAACUGUAACACUAAUUCAGCUCUUUCUGUAGACUGUAAAGACCUUCAUGAAAAUGGUCACUCCAAUUCAGGAGUGUACGACAUUUAUCCCUAUGGAGACAUCUCCCGCCCUGUGAAGGUUUACUGUGACAUGGAGACGAUGGAAGGAGGAUGGACGGCAAUACAAAAAAGGGUAGAUGGGUCCGUGUAUUUUGGUAGGAAAUGGGCUGAUUAUAAGAAUGGUUUUGGUUCACCGGAAAAGAAUAUCUGGAUCGGAAAUGACGUCAUCCACCAGUUAACAAAGGGAAGGAACACUUACCUCUAUGUCUCCAUCACACAUGAGGAAAAGGGAAAACUGUACCAGAUAUAUGAUCAAUUCUAUGUUUCCAAUGAAACUGAGAAGUAUCAACUCUUCCUGACUGGGAAUUCCACGGGAACGUUAGGUGACAAAAUGAGAAAAAAAGAAGGUUCCCCCGGUGCUAUUAAUGGCAUGUUCUUCACCACCAUUGACAAAGACAACGACAAUUUUGCACGUAACUGUGCUAUCGAUCAGCCAGGGGGCUGGUGGUUUAACAGGUGUGGUAACACCUUCCUCAAUGGUCCCUGGGCUACUCAGCACUGGUACCGUCCUUGGAAUCCUCUAUUUAUAAGUGGGGAAUAUAUAAAGGAGACGAUGAUGUUGAUCAAACGACACUAG